AUGGAGGCCAUGGCUUUGUACAAUUUCCAGUCGGUGGAGAAGGACGAACUGAACUUCAAGAAGGGGGACACGUUGAAGAUCCUGAAUAUGGAAGACGACCAGAACUGGUACAAAGCGGAGCUCUCUGGCCUAGAAGGAUUCAUCCCCAAAAACUACAUCAAAAUGAAGCCACACCCGUGGUACUCAGGCCGGAUUUCCAGGCAGGUGGCUGAAAAAAUCCUCUUGAAAAAGCAGUUCCGAGGGGCUUUCCUGAUACGGGAGAGCGAGAGCAGCCCUGGAGACUUCUCCAUCUCCGUGAACUAUGGAGACCAAGUCCUACAUUUCAAGGUGCUCCGGGAGAAGAAAUGCAAAUACCACCUCUGGGAAGAGAAGUUUGACUCCAUCAACGAACUGGUGGAUUUCUACAGGGCCAACAGCAUCGCUAAGAAGCAGCGGAUCUUCCUCAGGGAUCAGGAGGAAUCGCGGGAGCCCAAGAAAUCCAAGUUUGUUCAAGCCCAGUUCAACUUCCUGGCCCAAGACCCAACCCAGCUGGGCUUCCUCAGAGGGGACAUCAUAGAGAUCCUGGAUUGUUCCGAUGCCAACUGGUGGAAGGGAAAGUUGGGGGGGAAGAGCGGCUUCUUUCCCCGGAACUACGUUUUCCCCUUGAGCAUGUGA